GAGAUGAGAUGUUAAAUGUUAAAGCCCAAGAGUCUGAGAAACAGUGACGUCAUUGAAGUGAAUGCGGCCGCCUGUCUCAUCGCAUUGCCUACAUACCACAAACGCGACAUUCAUUCCAACUUCAACACGACAAUGUAACGUCAGUCAGUAUGUGUGGAAGAUACGCUUUACAUCUACGACCUUCAGAGGUUCGCCGAUAUCUCGAAAAUGAGAAUAUGCCGGUUGGGGAAGCGCCGGAUGACGAAGGUGAUGGCGCACCGAGGCAAAGCUACAAUUUUGCGCCGGGAUAUCAUGGCAUCGUUUAUCGGGCUAACGUUCCGGAUUGGGGUGCGGGAUCGAGACACCUUAGGGAAGGUGUCGAUGAGGAUGAAAAGAGAUCCGCCACCGAACCAGAAGCCACCGAACCGGAUGUGACCGAGCAAGAAGAACAGACGAAUGAGGCGGUUCAGUACAAACUCCAAAGUAUGAAAUGGGGCUUAAUACCAUUCUGGACGAAGCGUAACCCGGAUUAUGGAUCGAUGAUGAAAACGAUUAAUUGCCGUGACGAUUCUUUGGUUGAGAAUAGAGGAAUGUGGAAUACAAUGAAGCAAAAGAAGAGGUGUAUCGUUGUUGCAGAGGGAUUUUAUGAGUGGUUGAAAAAAGGAAAAGAAAAGAUUCCUCAUUAUAUCAAGAGGAAGGAUGGUCAGCUACUGUGCAUGGCGGGGCUUUGGGAUGUCGUUCAAUAUGAAGGCUCGGAUGACAAACUUUAUACUUACACCAUCAUCACAACGAGUUCGAAUAACCAGUUGAAUUUCCUACAUGAAAGGAUGCCAGUAAUUCUUGACAACGGUUCGGAAAAUCUCCGUACUUGGCUUGAUCCGAAAAGAUCAUCAUGGACAAAAGAACUUCAAUCUCUCCUGAAACCUUACGAAGGAGAAUUAGAAAUCUAUCCAGUCAGCAAGGAAGUAGGAAAAGUGGGCAAUGAUUCUCCUAAUUUCAUCGUUCCAGUGGCAAGCACGGAAAAUAAGUCCAAUAUUGCCAAUUUCUUUGCUAAAGGAGGGAAGAAUGACGCAAAAGCACCAUCUAAGCCACCAUCUAAGUUCUCAAAUGCAGAUGCACCUCGGGAGGCCAAAGAGGAAGAAACAAAAGAUACACCAAUCAAGGAAGAGCACGCAGAUACAGAUGGUCGCAAAACUCUUGAUCACAAUGGUUCUGAGGAUAAUGCGCCAUUACCAGUGCCCAAAACGGAAAGCAAACAAGGAAUAAAACGCGAGCUUGACUAUGAUGAUAUUGAAGAGCCGCCCAAAAAAUCAACACGCGUUUCUGCAAGUCCUGAAAAAGAUUCUCCGCCUGUGGCGUCAAAUAGGAAGACUAGGAGCGCUACUAGCAAUGAUUAUGGAAGCCCAAAGAAAUCUUCUGGUCAGGAAAAGGGAAGUCAAAAGAUCACGAAUUUCUUUAGCAAAUGAGGUUAAUAAAGGCGUCACUUCAAAUUGACUAGGAGGGUACCUGAACGUGGAGAGAUGGAAUAGAAUUCUGUGCAGGUUAUUUACCGCAAUUUGGUAACUGAAGAUCGUGCUAUGAAUUCGGCAGGUAAUUUGGUAAGUCUAGACGUAUCAAUUCCUGCGCCAAGAAUUGACUCGAGUAUUUCCCCUUCCACACACGACAUUUCUGACUUCGGCGA